UCUUGGUACAGAAAAAGAUAUUGUAUUUAAACCCCUUCAACACCCUUAACUCUCUAGAAAGGCCUAAACGGUUCCUGCCACUCCCACAUCUUCUGCUUGAAGUUGAAGUGCAAUAGCUACCUCGAAGAGAACCUCGGGAUCUUUUUCACUUCCCCUGUUCAGCCGCUCGCUCGCUCGCUCGCUCUCGCUCUCUCUUUCUCUCUUGCUUUGUCUCUGAGUGUAUAGUGAAAACGUGGGUAUGGGUUGCUUCUGGAGUGAAUGUAUGUAUCCGAUGCCGUUUUGUUCUCAUCGGAUUAGCAAUUGAGAUCGAACCCAGAUUCUAAAAGUUUGGAUCUUUUAGAUUUUUUUGUGGAUUCUGAACAGUUUCUGAUCUGGGUUAUCUUUAUUUCUUACUCUGUUUUUUUUGAAUUCGUUGUGGAUGCGUUCUUCCCUUCGUUGUGUAUCCCCUUUCCUACAUUUACUAGUGCAUUAAGAGAGCGAGCGGCUGUCAGUUUUGGGUUCAAAUUUUGUUGUUGUUGUUCUUCUUCUUCAUUGGCGACAUGGCAGAAGACAAGAUUAGUGGCAUAAUGAAUCAGAGAGAUGAAGAGUCCCCAGAGAUGUCCCAGAGGGCAUCGAGUAGGGAUUGGCGGAAAGACAAGGGCAAGGUUCAACUUAACUUAGAGAGGCGGCAAUGGAAGCCAGUUUUUGAAGGGGCAUCCACAUCACCAAGACCUCUCAAAAAGAUCCGAAGCCCAGAGCGUCAGAACCUACAUCAUCAUUCCUCUGCUUCGAUCAUGGAGCAGGCAACCCAUGUCCCAAUUUCUUCUUCUGCUUCAAGUUGUUUGACUACUGGUAGGACUUCAGCUCUCAAUCCACCUCCAUCAAGGCUUGUUUUUCCUUUUGCCUUUGAUGGGUCUCAUUCCUCGGAGAUACCUCAGCACCAUUCGACAACACUUCCAUUACCCCUGUUCCAUUCUCCACCACCGCAGCAGGAACACCCCCAGCACCACCGCCAAUUGCAUCAGCAGCAACAGAUGAUUUCAUUCACUCCCGAGAUGAGCCAGGGUAUGGUUUACCCACCGGUCUACGUCAGGGAUGGGCAAUCAUCGCAGCAACAGGGUCAGCUUCUCCACUAUUGGAGUGACGCACUCAAUCUCAGCCCUCGGGGUCAAUUGAUGAUGAUGAAUGGGUUGGGGCCGGAUGGGAGGGUCCUUUUAAGGACUCCAGCUCCUUUACCCACCACAACUAAGCUCUACAGAGGAGUGAGGCAACGCCAUUGGGGCAAAUGGGUCGCCGAGAUUCGUCUCCCUCGCGCUAGGACUCGUCUCUGGCUGGGAACUUUUGACACCGCCGAAGACGCCGCCUUGGCAUAUGAUCGCGAGGCCUUCAGGCUAAGAGGAGAGAAUGCUCGUCUCAACUUCCCUGAACUCUUUCUAGGCAAGGACAGUACAGAGAGAGCAGCUGCAACAGCUCCUAGUUCAUCCCCUUCAUCCCCUCCUACCCGCCUAGACAAUCGCCAACCCAGCCGGUUCCAGCCGCAGAAAUCUCCGGAAGGCCUAAAUUUGAACGCUCAGGCUAUGGAGAUCCUGCCAACACCUCAAGACGAUCCGGAUAAGCCCAAUUUUGUGGGCAAUUCUCCUUCCGGAUUGGGGUUGAGUGAGGUCACGGGAAUUACUGAAGAACCUGCGCUUACACCUGCGGCUUCUGUGACAGGGGAAGGCGUUUCUGGGUCCCCGGAAUUUCCUUGGAGGGAAAUGAUGGAGGAGGCAUGGCUCAGUGCUAUUCCAGCUGGUUGGGGUCCAGGUAGCCCUGUUUGGGACCAUAUUGAUGGCUCAAAUAAUUUACUUCUGCAACCCAAUCUCCCUAUACCAUCUUCCCGUCCCCAAGAAUUCGAUGCCUUCGAUGUUUCAAAUCAGCAGGCCACCUCUGUUUCUUCUUCUUCCUCCUCCUCCUGUCCCAUGAACAUGUUCUUUUGGAAGGAAGGUGAUUAACACCUGCCAGUCCACCUGACCCACAUCCACAACAUGAUUCAUAUAAGCUUUAGGAGAGUUAAACCAACACCCCUUCCCCUUCCCCUCUCUCUCUCUCUCUCUCUCUCUCUCUCUCUCUCUCUCUCUCUCUCUCUCUCUUGCUUUGCAUUUGGUAGUUUUAGUUAGACAAUUCCCUCAUAGUCUCACAGGUUGCAGGUUUUUAAGAAAGACAGCCCGUGAUUUCUUAGGAGUUUUUGAAACCCAGUUCCUCUUUUCAAUUACCCAAAACUUUCAGAUUCUCCUCCACUGCUGAAUAAAAGGCUGUAUUUUUUAGGCCUCACAGCUGUGGGCUAUCAGUUCCUUUUUCUCUUUCUCCCUUCAGGGAAUCCGCCAUUGUAGUUAAAACUUUUGAGCUCCGUGAGUAUUAUGGGAACGGAGUAUGUCCUUAUGUAAGGUACGUCAGGUACUAGAAUGUUGUUCUUUUGGUUCUUGUUGGUUGUGAAGAUGUAGUAUGGCACUGUAGUAGUGAUGUAACAUAUGGAACCUCGAGGAGACAGAGACGGUUUUGUGAUCUCACCUCUCCAUUAGACCACCAAGAGUUAUAUGAUUGGUUGUUUGUGCAGUAUGUUAUUAUAUUCAAAGUUGUUUCCUUUCA